AGCGCCACCUGGCUCACUUCGGCGCAAGCGAGGGCAGCUGGGGCGCGCCACAGCGCGCGCCGCACGGGCCCCCCGCAGAUGGUGCGCGCGCUCGCCGACAAAGUGGUCACGAUGGUGCGUUGUGGAACAGCCGCUACUGUGGCAGGAACAUUGGAAAACGACGUAUAUUUUUGGGGCACACGCUUUGGAGGUUUGAUGUCAGAACAGGAUAUCCUCAACAGCAGCAUGGCAUCGCGAGUGAGUGGUGGAGGGCAGUCGCUCAGUUCUUCACUGAACGGGUCGCAGUACACGAGCCUCCUGAGCGCGUCGCUGCAGAUGGCGCAGACGUCGGAACGCGUGCUGGAGCCGCAGGAGAUCCUCGCGCUGUACGCGUCGCCGGGCCAGCUGGCGCAGGGCCACACGCUGCGGCUGGCGGGCGUGUACCCGCUGCGCUACAGCGUGAUGGUGCUGGUGGACACGACGGUGCCACUGGCGCGCCUGCCGCCGCCGGGGGAGGGGCCGCGCGCGGGCCCGGGCCCCGGCCCCGCCCCCGGCGACGCCCCCAGCGACAGCGACGACGACGGCGACAGCGAUAGCGCCGACAGCGACGGCGGCGACGGCCUCCACGACCCGCGCGCCGCGCCCGCCCCGCGCCGCGCGCCCUCGCCGCCCGAGUACGACUCCUUCGGACCGGUGCCCGACUGGAUCCGGCGCGAGGUGGCGCAGUCGGACCUGGUGUGGCAGGGGCCCGCGCACUCCAUGCGCGUGCAGCCACAGCCACAGCCACAGCCGCCGCCGCCGCAUGCCUUACCGCCUCUUCCCCCUCCGCGCCCACGGCCGGUAGCACCCGCCCAUGCCCCCACUCCGCCUCCUCCCCCCCGCCGUCCACCCGACGAUCAAUAA